AUGGUACAAGCAUUUUAUGAUCACUUCAGUUGUGUAGUCGAACAUGAGGGUAAACAUUCGGAAUGGUUCCACAUUAAAUCAGGAGUCAGACAAGGGUGUGUAAUGUCUGGAUUCCUUUUCUUACUGGUUAUAGAUUGGACAAUGAAGCAAACAACACAGAAAAAGCGAGGUAUCAACUGGGGAAGACUAGAGGUAUUAGAAGAUCUUGAUUUUGCAGAUGAUAUUGCUCUCCUAUCAGCAACAAGAACACAGCUGCAAGCUAAAACAGAUUAUAUACAAAAGAUAGCUAAAACAACUGGCUUAGAAAUAAACAAGAAAAAGAGCAAAAUAAUGUGUGUAAAGGCAACAAACAUCCAGCCGAUCACAUUGAACAACGAAGAACUAGAGAUAGUAGACAGCUUCACAUACCUUGGAUCGGUCAUAGAUACCAACGACAAUGCAACAUCUGACAUAAGGAAUAGAAUUAAAAAAGCAAGAACAGCAUACUAUAAGCUAAGAAAAAUAUGGACAUCAAACCAAUACAGUAGAAACACCAAAAUGAAAAUUUAUAAAAGCAAUGUGAUAUCAGUGUUGCUAUAUAGGGCAGAAUGUUGGAAGAUAAGCAAGAGAGAUGGGGAUAGACUUAACACCUUCAACACCAGGAACUUGCGUAGAAUCUUUAAGAUAUUUUGGCCAACUAUGGUAUCCAACGCAGAACUGCUACAAAAAGCCAACAUGUGCAGCAUAACCAACACCAAUAAGAUCAGAAGAUGGAGUUGGAUAGGUCACAUCCUGAGGAUGGACCCUUGGAAUGAUUGUAGAAUCGCCUUGACAUGGACACCACCAGGAAAGAGAAAUGUAGGAAGACCAAAAGAAACUUGA